AUGUCUUUCCGAGGCGGAUCAAGAGGCGGUCGUGCUACCGGCGCCAAUGCUGGUUUCGGUGGUGGCAGAGGAGGAUUUGGUGCUCGUGGUGGAGGGCGCGGCGGUUUCCAGCAAAGAGACAAUGGUCCUCCAUCAGAUGUAUUUGCUAUGGGAUCUUUCCUCCACGCUAGCGAAGGAGAAAUUGUCUGCGAAUCGAUCAAUACUAAAAUUCCUUACUUCAAUGCGCCAAUCUACCUAGAGAACAAGACCUCAAUUGGUAAAGUUGACGAAAUCCUCGGUCCAAUCAACCAAGUUUACUUCACCAUUAAGCCCACCGAAGGUAUCCAAGCUACUUCAUUCAAGACCGGCGACAAAUUCUACAUCGGCGGCGACAAACUUCUUCCUUUGGAGAAGUUCCUUCCAAAGCCCAAGCCACUUCCAGGAGCACCAAAACCAAAGAGAGCCGGUGGUGCCAGAGGAGGUAGAGGAGCACCAAUGAGAGGCGGACGAGGUGGUGGACGAGGUGCACCACGUGGAAGAGGCGGUUUCACACCAAGAGGUGGCAGUGGAGGUUUCUCUAGAGGUGGAGGCGGUGGUGGCUUCUCCAGAGGUGGCGGUGGUUUCACACCUCGAGGUGGCGCGAGAGGUGGUUCGAGAGGAGGAUUCUCUCGAGGUGGUUAA